CAACUGUGUCCUGGUCAUCGGGUGUGAGCGCUGCGGUGCCGCAGCACCACCUGGUGGUCAGGCCUGGGAACUGCCUCCGGCCCUGUGUACACGGGCACGGUUGAAGAUGGCGACCGGACUCCUUCAGAGAGUCAGCGCGGGCUUGACUCGGGCCGGAGGCAGAGGCCGCCCGGCCGGACAGCUCGUCCUCUGGAGCAGGUGGGGCGGUCAUCGGGGGUUUGCGGCGUCCGGCAGCAGGAACAGAGGCGACAGCUGGUUCAAGUCGCUGUUCGUGAGGAAAGUCGAUCCGAGGAAGGACGCACACGCCAACCUCCUGACCAAGAACGAGGAGAGCAACCUCUACAAGAUCCAGUUCCAUAAUGUGAAGCCAGAGUGCCUGGAUGCGUACAACAAACUGUGUGAGGAGGUUCUGCCCUCCAUACAUGCUGAUAAGUACUACCCCUGUGAGCUGGUGGGAACCUGGAAUACCUGGUAUGGAGAACAGGACCAGGCGGUUCAUCUGUGGCGUUACAGAGGUGGAUACCCGGCGCUGACAGAGGUGAUGAACAAGCUCCGACAGAACAAGGAGUUCACAGCGUACAGGAAGGAACGGGGCAAGAUGUUGUUGUCUCGCAGGAACCAGCUUCUCUUGGAGUUCAGCUUCUGGAAAGAGCCUGUGCUCCUAGAGGGCCCCAACAUCUACGAGCUCAGGUCCUACCAGCUCAGGCCAGGAACCAUGAUCGAGUGGGGUAAUUACUGGGCCAGGGCCAUUGGAUACCGCCAGCACAACAGAGAAGCUGUGGGAGGGUUUUUCUCACAGAUCGGCAACCUCUACAUGGUUCAUCACCUCUGGGCUUACAAAGACCUUCAGUCCAGAGAAGACACGAGGAACGCUGCCUGGCAGCAGGAGGGCUGGCACGAGGUGGUGUAUUACACAGUUCCGCUCAUUCAGCAUAUGGAUUCCAGGAUUAUGAUCCCGACCAAGGCUUCACCGCUGCAGUGAAAUGAGAAGCGAGCUGGAAGCUGAAAUCCAGUGGCACUGUUUCGAAUGUUAGCAUCCAUCCAGAGCAUUACUACAAUGGUUUCAGAAAACGUCCCUUCUCUUUUCUUGUCUCUACUUCAAGAUGUCACAAGGUCAGAGGAGGCAACAAGGCCUUCCCUGUACGUGGAAUGAAAAUAGUCCCAAGUUAUUUAACAGCAUGUGACAAUGCAGUUUUUUUUAACUUCUUUUGGUUCUGGAAUGAGAAUGAGUAACAUUGCCUAAUUCUAACCACCUGAUGGUUAGUUAUGUCCAACUUCUCGUGCCACAUUAAAGCUGAGAGCUCCUCUCGAAGUCAACCAAAGUUACUUGAAGACGAGCAGCUGUAUGGUGUGUGAGAACAGGUCUCGUGCUGAAGCUCACUGCACAAUGCAGUGGUCGUUUAUUUAUUUAAUGUAAAAUUGGAAUACUUAUUAUGUACUAGAAUACUAUUUAAGUGUGCUGAAGAAAUGGCACUUAGUUGUGACCUAUGCCCGCGUCGAGUGAAGUCAGAGAAAGCCUCAGUAUAUUCAUGGAUACUAUUUCUGUUGCGAUUCAUGAUGAAGAUGAUCAAGUAUGAGGAACAAAAUGUAAACAUUAGAAGGUUAUAAUUGAGGUCUGUUAUACAUCAAACAUGUUCUGGGGCCAAACACUCCUUUCAGUUGCUUUCUUUGGAUGUUCCUAUGUUCCCUGUCAUGGUAAUGUUGUCGUUCAUGGUGCUGUGUUUGUCACUAUGGCUCCUACCACAGCAUGCCGGGUUUUAAAAACAGUUUGAAUCUUAACAUGUUUUCAUGAGACAUAAUUAUCCUGUAUAAUAAAUUCUAUCAUUGGCUGAGGGGCCAGCAAAUGUCACUGCAUACUGUAAUAUCAAAGAUUUUAUUGUGAAAAGAAGCGUGUUUUAUCUUGUGUGUUUGUUCAUCGGUUCAUUGGGAACAGUGUAGAGGGAAGGACGGCAAAGGCAACACAGAUUAAAUGAUUACUAACAACA